AUGGCUCAGGCUAUGCAUAACCAACCGGAUGCUGACGAGAAUGCUGGAUCUCGUAGUUUGGCGACUUUCCAAAGGGAGAAUCCGCCAGUGUUUAAGGGUACGCAUGACCCUGAUGGUGCUCUUGAUUGGUUGAAAGAGCUCGAGCGAAUCUUCCGUGUUAUGGAUUGCACUCCUGCUCAGAAGGUCAGAUAUGGCACUCAUAUGCUGGCUAAGGAAGCUGAUGAUUGGUGGUUGGAGACACUGGCUAGGUUGGAGUUUUCCGGUGAGGAAGUCCCUUGGAAUGUGUUCCGUAGGGAAUUUCUGAGGAAGUACUAUCCUGAAGAUGUUCGGGGUAAGAAAGAGAUAGAAUUCCUAGAGUUGACGCAAGGGAACAAGUCUGUGACUGAGUAUGCUGCCAAGUUCACUGAGUUGAUUAAGUUCUAUCCUCACUUUGAUGGCGAAGGUGCUGAAUUUUCUAAGUGCAUCAAGUUUCAGAAUGGGUUACGCUCGGAUAUCAAGAAGGCUGUUGGGUACCAAAAGAUCCGUUUGUUUCCUGAUUUGGUUGACAGUUGUAGGAUCUUUGAGGAAGAUAGUAAUGCUCAUCACAAGAUGGUUAGUGAUAGAAGGGGCAAGAAUCAACAAAGCCGUGGGAAACCGUAUAAUGCUGGUAAAGGGAAACAAAGAGUUACUCAUGGUCAGAGGUCUAGUGGGGGAGAUGCUCCUGCUAGGAUUGUAUGUUUCAAAUGUGGUCAACCUGGUCAUAAGAGCAAUGCUUGUACUGCUGAUGCGAGGAAGUGUUUCAGAUGUGGUAAGAUGGGACAUGCAAUGUCUGAUUGGAAGCAUAAGGACAUGAUAUGUUUCACGUGUGGCGAAGAGGGACACAUUGGUAGCCAGUGUCCAAAGAAGAAGGCACAAUCCGGUGGAAAGAGGUACAUGUUUCAUUAA